UAGUGGUUAAAACUGCUUUGGUUAGGGUUUCCCACCGACCGCCACAACCCUCUCCGCUUUCAGAUCCUCUCUCUCUCCCUCGGCGUUUCGUCUUCCAAUCCAAGAGGCUUCAUGGCGGUCCCAGGCCCAUACUCGGGCGUCAGCACCCUCGCCUUCGUCGCUCGCGCAUCGGCUUUCACCUUUGGAGUUGUUUAUGGCAGCUUCAAGCUCUCCUAUCUCAAGGCAAAGGCAAAGUCUCAUGCAAAGGCAGAGGCCAAAGGCCACCACUGAGUGCAACUAUGUAGCUCUGUGUAGAUCGGCCAAAGGACCAUUCUUUCCGGCCGUGACCUUGUUUGCUUAAUUCAGUUUACUCUGGUUACUGGUUCAUAAAUUUCUCUGAAUUUUGGAUGUGGCAAUGUCACAGAAAACGCACUCUUAACAAUUUUUUUUUCUCUUCAAUAAUACAGCUCUGAUUGUUAAAAGGAAACUACAUUACUUGUUUGCUUUUAUCUGAUUUGGUUUCUAUGUUACUUCCUUGUA